AUGUAUUUGUUCAUACUCUUCUUAUUCUCAUUUCAAAUUUGUAUACUUUCUCUUAAAGACUGGGAUUUCAUCACAAGAGAAGUAUUUAAUAAGUAUAUGAACUUGAGAAAGUAUGAUGAUCCAUCAACAGUGUUAGUAACAGGUUUCACAACAUCAGGAAAAAAUCAAGACGACGUCUUUAUUUCUGUAGAAAAACGAUAUAAACAUGCCAGAACAAUGCGAGUAUUAUUACAACCAUGGUAUAUUUAUGGAUUAAAACAUAUCAAUCCUAAUCUUGUGGAAUUUCGUGUGGCUAGUUAUAAAGCAGAAUUUAUUAUGAAGUACACGAUUACAAAUCCAAAAAAAGAUAAAUAUUGGUUCAUUCUUGCUGAACAACGAUAUGAAGAUCAACAACUUUUGAAAGAUUAUAAAAAUAACUAUUUGGAUAUUUUGAGACCAAAAGUUGAAAGUAUGGAUCCAUGGAAUACAGAAAUGCGAAAGAAUUUGGGCUAUUUAUUGAAUCAAUUAUUACAAAUAGACAAUCUUACAGAUAUUAUAACAAAUCGUUACAGAAUAAAUGGAAUUGGCGGAACAAUAAAACCAACACUCUCUGAACUGGCUGAACAUCUCAGAUUAGUUACGGGUGAUUUGAGAAAAAGUUCAGUCUACAAUUUUAUAAUUGGUAGAGAAAAUAUUCAAUUUAGUAUGAAGGUGAAGAAAUAUGAUGGAACAUCAUAUGUUUAUCAUUAUCGUUUGGUAAAAGUUGUAGGAGAAGGUUGGCUUUUUGAUGAAGAAUUCAAUGAUGGAGAACAUUUGACUGACAAAAUUGUGACGAAUAAAAAUCUAGAUGUUUUGCGAUGGGGUGAUAAUAUCAGAAAUUGA